AUGGAGAUAUGGGUCUUCCUCUUGAUAUGGGUCUUCCUCUUCAUCGUCUCCCUUUGUAUUGCUUCUCUCCUCAAAUCUCUCCAUGAUUUCUUCUUCCCAAAGAUCAAUCUCCCACCAGGACCCGCCGCCUUUCCUCUCAUCGGAAACCUCCUCUGGCUCGGCACAUCCUUCUCCGAACUCGAACCCAUCCUCCGAAAUUUACACGCCAAGUACGGCCCAAUCUUCACUGUCCGAAUCCGCUCUCGCCCGGCCAUCUUCAUCUCCUCCAACUCCCUCGCCCAUCAGGCCUUGGUGCAAAACGGAGCCGUUUUCUCCGACCGUCCUGCGGCUCUUCCGGCCAGUAGAGUCAUGAGCAGUAACCAGCGAAACAUCAAUUCCUGUCCCUAUGGCCCGACCUGGCGUCUCCUACGCCGCAACCUCACGGCCGAGAUUCUCCACCCUUCCCGGGUGAGAAGCUACUCCAACGCACGGAAGUGGGUGCUGGAUAUUCUGGUCUCUCGGCUUAGAAGCCACUCCGACGGAUUUGCCCCCGUCCGAGUAAUGGAUCACUUUCAAUAUGCCAUGUUUUGCCUACUGGUGCUCAUGUGUUUCGGGGACAAGCUCGACGAGAAGCAAAUUCAGGAGAUUGAGAUGAUUCAUCGAAGGUUGUUGUUGGGGUUCCGUCGAUUCAAUAGGCUCGAUUUGUUGCCGAGGAUGGGUAAGGUAUUAUUUCGAAAAAGGUGGGAGGAGUUGCUCAAUUUGCGCAAGGAUCAAGAUGCGAUUCUGCUGCCGCACAUAAGAGCCAGACAGUGGUUAAAGCAGGAAACGCAAAGCAAACGAGAAGAAGACAAUGGCAACCCGGUUUCAUCUUCAUCCUCAAAGGACUAUGUCUUGUCGUACGUCGAUACUUUGCUGGAUCUGCAGUUGCCGGAAGAGAAGAGGAAGCUUAAUGAAGGAGAGAUGGUGACGCUGUGCUCGGAGUUUCUCAGUGCCGGAACUGACACUACCUCCACUGCACUGCAGUGGAUCAUGGCGAACCUGGUGAAGUCCCCCCAUAUUCAGGCCAGGCUUUUCGAGGAGAUUAGUGGGGUUCUGGGCGAAGAAGAGGAGGAGGUGAAGGAGGAGGAUUUGCUGAAGAUGCCAUACUUGAAGGCAGUGGUAUUGGAAGGUUUGAGGCGGCAUCCUCCGGGACACUUUGUGUUGCCUCAUUCAGUGAGCCAAGAUGUAAGCUUUGAAGGGUAUGACAUACCCAAGAACGCAACUGUGAAUUUCAUGAUACCAGAGAUGAAUUGGAACCCAACGAUUUGGGAAAACCCAAUGGAGUUCAAGCCAGAGAGGUUCUUGAACAACAAUGGAGAUGGAGACCGUGGAGUUGAAGGGGAAGCAUUUGACAUAACUGGGAGCAGAGAGAUAAAGAUGAUGCCAUUUGGUGCAGGGAGGAGGAUAUGUCCCGGGUAUGGGUUGGCAAUGCUGCUUUUGGAGUAUUUUGUGGGGAAUUUGGUGUGGAAUUUUGAAUGGAAGGCAGUGGAGGGAGAUGAAGUUGAUCUAUCUGAGAAGCUGGAGUUCACAGUAGUAAUGAAGAAUCCAUUGCAGGCUCGCUUAUCUCCAAGGUUGAAAUAGGGUAAAAAUCGAAAAUAAAUAAAUAAAGAAGUAGGUCUUUAGAAGAUCCUCACUGCACCACUAUUACUUCAUUAUCACCAUAAUUCAUAUGGUAUUUCAGUAUAAUGUAUGGAUUUGAAUUACAUGUACUAUAAGUCUAUAACAUAUAUAUGCAGAAUAUU